GGAAACGAUCCCUGUUCUCUUUUCCCCUAACCGAGAAGUCAAUCAGCUGUGGGUCGCUAAGCGGACUUUUAAAUAUACUUCCCGUUACUUCCAUAUAGGAUAAAGUUAUAACUAAACAUGUCUACUAACAGUAUCACGGACCCGAGGAGACAAAAUAAGAUUUUAAGAUACAAGCCCCCUAGCACAGAGACCAACCCCACACUAGAGGACCCCACUCCUGACUACAUGAACCUCCUCGGCAUGAUCUUCAGCAUGUGUGGGCUAAUGCUUAAGCUGAAGUGGUGUGCCUGGAUUGCCGUUUACUGCUCCUUCAUCAGCUUUGCAAACUCCAGAAGUUCAGAAGACACCAAACAGAUGAUGAGCAGCUUUAUGUUGUCUAUCUCAGCCGUAGUGAUGUCAUACCUCCAGAACCCACAGCCAAUGUCUCCACCAUGGUAACCAAGGGCCAAUCACAUAAGAAAGCAGAAGCUGGCCACAACUGCCUCCAUAUCCCUGCAAAAAAUAAAUGGAGACGUCUAUUAGCAACAACAGAAGAAGAAAAAAAAUGAUAGAAAAAAAAUCAUACAGGGUUAAAACAUGACUCUUUGGUUGCUGAUGAAAUCUUGAAAUAUUAAAAUUUUUGCAUACUUUUCUGAAUAAAGCGGUCUGGUUAUUUACAAAAAGCCGCUGUCCAGUAUGUGUCU